AUGAACGAUUUUUUGCGAACGAAAGAUCAGUGCCUCGAGAUUGAUGGAAAUCCAGCUAUAGCAUACAAAAGGUCACGUCGGAUAUAUGACCAAAACGUGGGCUUGUCUCAUCGAUCGACCAGCAUCAAAAUGGUCUACUUCGGUUUCAUCAAACUGAAUCGGAGAAAUCUCGAUAUAAAUGCGCGGUAUCCAACACCCUGUGCAAAAGUUUCGAACAUGUGCGUCUACAGCCGACCACAGUCUGCCUACAUACGUCAGUCACUCACUCAUCUGGCCAUAUGUAGAUCGUCCGAAAAAAAACUUCCAGGACAGAUAACCAACCGGCAGCUAAACCGUACAAACUGA